AUGAUAGGGAAUCUUCGUCCACUACAUCCCCGUCACAACUAUUUCAGAGCUGGUAGAAAGAUGAUCAAUAUUGUGGAUAGAUUCUUCAGUUUUAACCGAUUUCUUUUGCUGCUGAUUGGAUUGUGGCCUUACAAAAAGUCCAAAUAUGUUCAACUGCAAUUAAUCUGCAUCUUUAGUUUCUUAAUAUCUUCUAUUAUAUUUCAGCUUACGACAAUUUUGACUUCAAAAUGUACUCCAGAAUUUAUCAUAAAGAUUCUAUCUUCAGCAUUCAUUUUUAGUGCUUUUGUCAUAAAAUAUAAUGCCUUUUAUGUUAAUAGUACAACAGUAAAAUAUUUAACGGAACAAGUUCAGUGUAUGUAUAAUGAUUUAAGAGACACUAAGGAAAUUGCAAUUGCGGAAAGAUAUGGAAGUAACGCAAAGUAUUAUGCAACUAGUAUUUCAAGUAAGACAUCUUUGGCUUCGUUUUUCUUUUCUGGCGCAUUUCUUUUUGUGGCUGUUCAAUUGUUGCCAGAGUUUAGAUACUUCAUAUUAUCUGCAAACGUAUCUCGAUCACAUCAUCUGCGGAUCUCCACUGAAUAUUUUAUCGAUCAAGAAAGAUAUUUCUACUUAUUAUUCUUCCAUAUAAACGGAACUAUGAUCUUAGGAUGUGUCGUAAUAGCAGCGACAGGAACAAUGCUGUUUACAUAUCUCCAACAUGCCUGCGGAAUGUUUAGAAUUGCUAGUUAUCGUAUCGAGAAAGCAAUACAAACUUAUACAUCAAAAAAUGUUAAAGUGCAGGACGAUAUUCUAGCUCAUAAAGACAUAAUUCGUGCUAUAGAUAUUCAUCGAGAAGCUAUAACUUUCUCUAACUAUCUAAUAUCCAAAUUUGAGAUAUCAUUCAUGUUUUUAAUCGCAUUCGGAGUGAUUGGUUUAAGCUUAAAUAUUUUUCGAGUCUUUCAAGUUGCAUUAUUCGGAUAUAAUAUUGAAGAAUUGUUUAUUAAUCUAGUAUUUGCAACUCUGACUUUUCUAUAUAUGUUCUUGGCUAAUUUUGUCGGACAACAAAUUAUAGAUCAUAAUAACCACGUAUAUGCCACUGCAUACAAAGUCCAAUGGUAUGUAACUCCUUUACACAUACAAAGAUUGAUACUGUUAAUAUUGCAAAGAGGUAAUAAGAGUUUUGGCUUGUCUGUGGGUGGAUUGUUCAUAGCAUCUAUAGAAUGUUUCGCCACGCUAACCAACGCAUCCGUAUCUUAUUUCACUAUCAUGUAUUCCAUGCGAUAAUAACAACGUAAUAUAUUAAUAUAUUAACA